AAAUAGUUUUUUGCUCGUGACGCCUCUGUAUACCCUGUGAUAGGGUUAGUGAAAAAACUCACAUGUAUAUAUGCGGUGUGAGUUUUAUACUAACUCAUCUAAAAACUUACCGUUUGAGUCAAACUAUUUGAUGUGUCGCCAAGGCGCUUUACGAUUGUGCUCUCAAUGGCUAGUGAAUGCAAAGUGACAUAUUUCAAAGAAGAAGCUCAAUAUUUAUGUCGUCGAACUCUUAAAACGGAAGCGUCAAAUGUGGUCGUAAACAAAACGCUUUGAGUGUUUUUGCUUAAAAAAAACAAUAUUAAAAAUAUACAAAAUGUCCAGUAUAUUAACAGAUGAACAACGUAAUAUCUUAAUCGAUGUAAUUCGAGAAAGGCGUAUAUUAUAUGAUACAAAUGAUCCUAAUUAUAAAAACAUCACAUGCAAACGAAGAGCCUGGAAAGAUAUAGCGAAACUUUGUAAAGCUCAAGAAACCGCGUGUAAAAUUGUUUGGAAGUCUAUGAGAGAUCAGUAUCAACGCUAUAUGCGAUCGCCUACAAAUAAGAGAAAACAAUUUCGUUACCUAUCAAAGUUAUCAUUUUUGGAAGGAUUCACAAAACAUACUAAAAAUAAGGUAAUAUUUUGCAAUGACGCAAUCGAACAUUUCGUCGAUAAUUCAUCAAAUUCUUCCAAUCACAAAAUAUUUUACAAGAAUGAAUCCGAAGAUUACAAUGAAGACGACUACAGUGAAGAAAUUACAAAAUGUUAUAAUAAUAGCGAAGAAUCUGAACACGAAGAAAUUACCAGCGAGCCGACAAAGAAAUUCGAUACAUUGCCUCAAACGACAAAUGAUCCUAUAUAUUGUGAAAAUUACUACGCAAAUAACACUAAUACCGAUGGUAAUGAAGAUGUUAUUGGAGUGGAGAAAUCGGCAAAUAAUGUCUGUGAUAGUAUAAGCAAUUUUCUAGCGAAAUAUAUUAAAACCGAUGAAGAUGAUAAUGAUUUAUUUUUGAAAAUGUUAGGAAAGAAAAUGAAAGCGUUACCAUUAACAGUCAGAAAUCGUCUACAAGAACGCUUCUUAAAAGAUGUUAAUGAUGAAAUAGGUAAAAUAAAUUGAAUUUUAUUAAAAUUUAAAAAUAUGUAUCUAUAUGCAUGUAUGUAUGUGUAAAUAAAAGUUAGAAUUAUUAUGUCUUAUUAAAUUACAAACUUUUUCUUCCCACUUUUUCGUUUUUGGAAAUCAAAUAUUUUUGGCUUACUAACACAGGCCAACAAAUUUUUAAUCCAGAGAUCUAAAGGAGUGAGCAGCGCUGAAUCCUUAUCAGUAUUUCGUUUCUGUAAUUCUAGCAUUGAGAAAAACAGGGUUAAUACAAAAAAAAUAUUUCUUAAGUUUUAAUGAGUACAGUACUCACACUGUUAAGCGCCUUGGC